GGCCAUAAAUGUGUUGUAAGCGGCGUAACUACAGAAAAAUCGAGUAUUCUAUCGGUAUUGGAAGCGCGUAUCGUUCACGAUGGUCCAAUACGCCUUACGCGUGGCGAACGGCGACACGCCGGCCGUGGAGUGAUCGUCAGUCUGCAGUCAAAGCCCACUGCUUAGCUAAGCGAUAGACUCAGCGGCCCCAGACCACGCCAAGGCAAAACGAGGUCACCACACAUAAUUUGCUGCAAGUCUGUACAAAGACAGUUGACGGUGCUCGCUUUUAUUCGACUUUUCGACCAAAUAAAGGAAACCGUGAUGAGAUGUGGAGGACAGUCAUGUAGUAAGCAUGAAUUUACGAGGAUACGAACAGAGGCACAGCUCCUGAGGCGAUAUAUGUAAAGCCGAGCGAGCAAGCCACCAGUUCAUGGCGUCCGCCAUGUUGGAUUUUUUGCACGAGGCAAUGCUCAAUUGCAGGUACCCCUCUAGGAGUCAAUGAGAUGCAGGCACGUUCAUUAUGUUUUUUGUUACAAUUUUCACCAAUUUUACACGCGUAUGGACAAAUAUGUGAUCGAAGAUUUGAGAAUUCGAUUGACUGAGUUACUCGAAACCAUUAUAUAUGGUUACGGGGACGAUAGUAGUCGUCUGAUCGAGGUCAGAUUUAGUCAUUUUCCAGUGGAUUUGUACAGCCGUCUCAGCGAGCCACGGUCGCUCAGGCAAACGAACUCAGCGGAAUCCCCAAAAUAUCGAGGAUUUUCCCUGUAUCUGAAGACUCCUGAGGGUGAUGUGUUUCAUCUCGGACAUACCGGGCUAAACCCUGAUGCAAGAUAGUAUUUAGACAGUGGGCUUUUACAAGUAAUAACGCCCAGCUAUAGCGUUCAAAAUGGCUCUGGAUUUGAACAAAGACCCAUACACGUACGCUAAGGAUUACGAAGGUUUCAUUAAGGACUUGAAACAGUUUCAUUCAAACCGCGGAACACCAUUCGUAAAACUGCCGCAGUUGGGCGGACGGGUGAUAGAUUUGUACUUGUUGUACCGCCGGGUGAUCGCACUGGGAGGGUGGCAAAAGGUAAAUGAUGAGUUACGGUGGGAAGACAUACAGGAGGAAUUCCGAAUACCAAGGGGAUGUCCUAAUGGUUCGACUGCACUGAAACAGAUUUAUAUUAGGUAUUUAGACUUAUAUGAAAAGGUCCACUUUCUGGGAGAGGACCCCAAAUAUGAGCGGAUGGAAUAUGAAGAUGAAACAUCAGCCAGAAAGAAAUCCUCCAGUUUGAUUCAUGGAGUACCAUUGUAUUACAACCAUCAACAGCACAAUGUGUCAAGAUAUAUACGACAGAACGCUGGUAUGUCAUGUAAGUUGUAUGAACACAGCGAUUACGACAAGCUGGAAAAGGCAUUCCUUUGCGGUUUACCCAAUGAGGUAGACUUCUCAAUGAAUGUGUGCCUGUUGCUGUCUAAUGAAGGCAAACAUGUGAUGAAACUUGGGAAAUCAAAGCAUCUGCUGGAGCUUAUGCUGGCAAAUGUGGGCAUCUUUAGUACAGGGAUGAGCUCUCUACAAGAACUUUCUGAAGACGGCUGGUCAGUUUUUACAGGAAGAGAUUAUGUCACGUUUUGGUAUGAUACAGUUGAAGAUGAAGACAUCAGAGCUCUAAUAUUACCCCUAGAACCUUUGCCUUCACCAAAGGAAUUAACUGGAGAAGAUGUGUUGAACCUGAAACGUAAAAUAGGAAUAAAUGAUGCUGAGGGACAACGAAUUCUACAGAUGGCUGUGAUCUUAAGAAAUCUUUCCUUUGAAUCAGAGAACUGUAAUAUAAUGGCUUCUGACCCCUUGGUGUUCCGUUUCUUGAUACUGUGUUCCCAUAAUAAAUAUGGCUGCUUGAAGCAGAUUGGUUUGGACACACUUGGCAACAUUGCCAGUAAGUUUGUCCUUAGUGCUGUUGGCUGUGAUAUGACAGAUAUUAUGCUGAAUACUGUCAGGAAAUGUUUGGUGUCUGCUGACAAAUUUGAGGUGGUCAGAGGUUUAGAAAUCCUGAGUAAGUUGUGUCGAGUGGAGAAGAAUGAGGAUGUGAUGGCAGAUAAGUUAGGGGAGAAGAGCUACCAGGACAUUGUACAACUUCUCACCAUCCAUGACAUCCAGUUGAUUGUCUACACACUGGAGGCCUUGUACCAGCUCUCAGAGCUAGGAGAAUCCACUACAACCAAAAUUGCCAGCGUCCGGCACGCUGUCGAUGUGUUGGUUAGCCUGACGACGAUAGAGGCUCAGUCAUAUGGCCCGAACUCCCUGAUGGGUAUCAAAGUUGUGGAGUAUGUGCCGCCCCCUCAAGCCCCAGAAGCUUUACCUGGCUCCAGUGGACCCCCGCCCAGCACUCAAGCCCCACAGCCAGCAGUCACGCACACUCCACAUGUAGCUCGUCAAGGUGUUCAUCACACACCUUCUCGACAAACAGUUCUGACAUCAACUCAGCAUGUAGCAGCUGAUAGUGAAUCAUUUGCUUGUAACUGGCUUAAAGCCAAUUACGAGUACAAGGAGGGUAAUGUUUCACAAAUGAGUAUUUAUUCUGAUUACUUGGCAUUUUGUGGCCGAAUACCAAUCAAGGAUGUCGUCACAUCUGCAGUUUUCAUCGAUUGCAUAAGGACGGUAUUUCCCCAAGCUGAGAAAUCCACUGUGGAGAAAAGUGGCAAUGUUGAAGUGACCGUGAAAGGGCUGGUAAAACGAGCAUUACCAUUGCCUGUGGCCAUUCCUCCUCAAGUUGUUGCAAGCUCUAGUCAGAACUCACCUCGUCGCUCCCAGAAAGCACAAGUUAACAAUCCUAGAGUACUAACCACAAAUUCCACUCUACGCCAGAGGUUGUCCGAGCCCCCCAAGCUUCAGCUCCACCAUGGUUCUACCCACAUUUUCUAUCCAGGUAUUGGACAGUAUCAGCCUGCCCAGGGAGCACCACACAGCACAACAACAGCAUCUCAGGGAUUUGCCCAGCCUCCUCCCAGUCCAAGCUCAUCCUAUUCUGUUGCUCAAGGAAGCCCACAGGUCUCACCCAGCGGCACUCCUUAUGUAACACCUCAGCCAAGUCCAAAUCGUCCAAUGACCAUCCUCCAAAAACAACUUCAAUCUCCUCCUCAGAAUUCACCAGCCUACAAGAAAGGAAAGAAACAGUCAAAGGCAAAAUUCCCAAGCAUAAAUAAAGCACUUCAAGGAGAAGCGGACAGUGGCUCUCCCCAAAAGCAUAAUGGUUCUCCCAACAAAUACACUGAGCUGGAAGGUGGUUCUGGCUCAACUCCAAAGAAGUCUGCAGAUUCUAACCUGAUUAAGACAUUGCUGGCUAAAAAGCUGAACGAGAAUAUGAUUCGACAGAAUGCUGCUGCUGCCCUGCAAGCCAGCGAGAGGUCCUCAUCACCCAUGCCCUCCACACAGCAUCAUCAGCAGCAGCAGCAGCAGGGAUGGUCAAAACACCACAGUCAGCAGCAGGGUGGACCCACCCCUCAUCCCUACGUCAACCAGCAAGCCCGACUGGGGACAGAGCAUUCAGCUCAUGGUGCUACAGUCCACAGAGAAUCUCAUCCUCCUCCUCCACCCUACUAUUCUCAUCAGACCACUCAACAAUCAGACUCUAGUCAGUGGCACAGGUCCACACCACAUGUAGACGUCACACAGACGCAACAACAACAACCCCCAUUAUAUCAUCCAGCUCACCCAAAUCCUGAACAUUCAGUAAGAACUGAACUGCCCCAUCCUCCUCAACAGUCGCCAUCCCAUCUUGGUCAAAACCUGUAUUUACAAUUACCCAACAACCAAGAGGCCUCAUCUUCAGUCACAGCACAAUCCACAGUGAAGUCUAAACAGCCGGAGGUGUGUGGGGAGGUGGAGAGGGCCCAGAGCAUUGUGCCUGUGGCUAGGGAGACUAAAAUUGAGUGUAUUGAAAACCAGAGUGUAUUAAAGCCAUCUGAACAGCAGUCAAAUUCUGUGACUGAAUCAAGGACUAACCCUAGUGAUAAGCCGUCUUUGGAACAAAAUAAACUUGGGGAUGGGGUAUGUGAGAACACUGCUGGAUCAGACCCCCUGAUCAAGUCUGUUCAGGAAAGAACACAACUUAUGAGCAAUUGUUUGGAAAAAGCAAACAGUGGUGUGUGUCCGAUGGAUAUAGGCUCCCCAACGGAGGCCGAGAGACCAGCCCAUACAGAAUCUUGUGGAGGUUCUGAACCAAAGCCUGUGUCAGAGAGGCUGUUCUCAAUCUCCACCGCACCUGUGAUCAAUGGUUGCCUGGACGAGAGCAGUAAGGAAUCUGACCUCUCCUACAUCAACAGUCCCCCUUCACACAUGGAUAAUGGUAAGCACAAUGACAGGCUGGGCUUUGCCCAUGCCCUUCCCAAUGGGGUGAGUAAUGGGCCGGAUCCAGGUGAGUCAAAGGACAACUCUUCUGACUCGCUCUUCAUGAAGGAGGAAAUCCUUAAACAAGCUUCUGUGGAAAAGGCAGCUAAACUUCUUCAGAGUAGAAAUGGGGUAGUGAAUCAUCUAGGCAAUGGGGAUUACUUCUCUAAGGGCAAUAAUCGUGAGGCUGUGCAGAGGGUAACGGAAUGUGCCGGAGACAAAGUGGAGGAUUCGUGUGACUCGUUUAGCUCAGCAACAGGUGUGUACCGAGCCGACAGUGUGUCCACAGCGCCUGAUGACAUACUCAAGUCUCCCUGUUCCCCGGGAGACACCAUCAAGCAGUCAGGGUUUGGGGGUAGAAUACCUCAGAAUGGGGCACCCGUCAACGGCAUUAUGGAGUUUGACAACAGCUGUGGAUCGGAUAGUCAACUGCCGUCUGAACAACAAGAGAAGCCGCCGCAAAACAAUGGUGUUGGGCUUAACUCUUCGUCUGAAUUACCUCCUGCUGAGGGCAGAAUAUUAGAUAGUAAAGGUGAUAAUAAACCUUGUGCAAUGGAGGAGGGUGAUUCAGGUGCUGUACUUCCAGCCCAGACACUCUCUCUGAAUGGGCCUUGUCAGGGAGCUGAAGAGAGUCUAGGGAACAGGACAGCUGAUAAUGUAACACAACCAGAGAAGACUGUCACUGAUGUUAGUAUGGUAACACCAGUCAAGGCAAAAAGCAAACAUUCCAAGUCCAAGGGGUCAACAGAGAAAAGUUCUUCCUCCUCCUCCAAAAAGUCAAAGUCGUCAGAGAAAGAGAAGAAACCAAAGGCACGAAAGCGAAGUCGAAGUAACACUAGCCAGGGAGAGUCGCAGUCUUCAUUAUCCUCCACCACAGGGGCAGAUUUGCUCUGUGAAUGGGAUGGAUGUAAAAAGAUGUUUGAGAUGCCUAAGGCAGUGUUUAACCACACGUUCAUCACUCACCUGAGUGGCCCCAGUGAUGGAGUGUGUAAGUGGGAGGGAUGUGAUAAAUUACAGAGGAAGCGCUGGUCCCUGGUCACACACGUACAGGAUCACCAUUGUAGUGAACAGGCCCUCAAAUUAGCAGCCCAACGAAGGCAGCAGUCGGCUCAAAUGGCCUCCCCUACUGCUCAACAGCCAGCGGCCAGCGGGCAAGCCACUGCUCUUGUAUACCCUCCAGACGCUGCAAUACAGGCUAUUAGACGCUUCUCUGCCAGACCUCCAUUCCAGGAGCUAGUGGAACCCAGGGAAGGUCCAGUAACCAAACACAUCCGCUUGACUGCCUCUCUUGUGCUCAGGAACUUAGCCAGGUACUCUGCUGUAGGAAGAAGUUUGAUAAAGCGCCAUGAACAACAGAUCAGCUACACUGCCCUGAGUGCGGUGGAGUCCUCCAGUGCCAUGGCCAACUGUUUAUGGGCAGCCUUACAUGACCACUAAUGACUGCACCCUCUCGUUCCUGCCCUCAUCUUUUCAUCCUGCUGACCGUUGCCAGACUCAUGCCACAUACAUUGUUCUGACUCUCCACUAGAUCUGUCACAGUCAUCUCAUACUGUCAUUUCUCAUCGUCCUCAUCUACUAGUUGAGGUUCAUAUUCAUACUGUGAGCCACUUGGUGCAAUGAUGGUUUUGAUUUGUGUAGCAUGUAGGAUUUGUUAGUGUUGAUGCUUGUACAACAGGAGAUAAUGGAAAUCCUCAUCAGUAGCUGUCUGCGUUUGAAGCACUUACGUUUACUGGUUGUUUGGGAUGAGAAGCUUUUGAUAGGUUACAGCUUUAACGACAACAUUACAACUGCCUUUGUACAUAAAGCAAGCUGAAAUAAUUUUGCUAUUAACUAUUUAAGCUGUUAGCUCUUGAACUGUUGUUGCCAGCUUCCGUCACAAGCAUUCCUGUACCAGUAUUUGUUAUUAUUUAUUACGUAGUCAAUACAUAAAAUGUAAGUGGAUUAACUUUAAAUCUCACAGUUAGAUUGUUUUCCUACCAUUCAUGAUGUGUCAUUAUCUAUAUAAAUCCCUAUAUAUUUAUCAAUUUUUGGUACUUUUGAGUACCCCGCUACAUAUUUCAUUCAUAAAUUCAUAAUGGACAUAUUGUGUCACUGUUUCACAGAGUUGCAGUUUAAUAAAAAAAAAAUAUGAC